AUGGCCAGGCUUUGUGGCGAGUUGAAUACAGAGAACCCGAUCCUCUACCUAGAGGCCGGCUGCGGCGUGGGGAAUAUGCUGUUUCCGAUCGCCGAGGCGUAUUCGCAUUGGAGAUUUCAGGCCUUCGACUUUUCGAAGAACGCCGUCAAGCUGCUCGAGGAACGUGCGAAGGAGAAAAAGAUUCCAGUCGAAACCUCCGUCGUCGACCUAUCUAUCCCACUUCCGGAAUCCCCAUUUUCCGCCCCGGCCGAUGUGGCUUCCCUCAUCUUUGUCAUCUCGGCGAUACACCCCGAAAAGCACCGGAUUGUCGCGGAAAAUUUGGCGAAAUUGGUCAAGCCCGGCGGUCUGCUCUUCAUCCGCGACUACGGCGCCAACGACCACGCGAUGGUGCGUUUUGGACGCGGCGCGAAGCUGGACGAGCGCUUCUACGCGCGUCAGGACGGCACGAGGGCGUACUACUUUUUCACGGAAGAGCUCCCAGGCGAUCUUCUCCGGCUUAUUCGAGUGCCAGAAGACGGAAUAUCUGCA